AUGGAGGACCUCGAAGAGCUGCGCGAGAUCGUCGACGGCAUGACCUACUGCGCCGUCGCGCCAGAUGCCCCAGACUGGUAUUUGAACCCUGUGUUUAAGGCCAUUCUAGGCGCAGAGGACGGCGUGUUGGAAUCUCUGUGCGACGACCACCCUCUUUUCUUUGCUGACCACUUCCUCCGCGUCCUUCAGGACGAUGCGCGCCCCUCGCUCGACUUUUUCCGUCUGAUUUCUUCUCCGGCCCGCAGCGACAAGCCCAUUUGGGGUGUUUACUCUCUUGUUUUAGAGAAGGUUGGCUGCCCGGCUAUGCUUUAUGUUGGGUCUAGAACCGACGCAAUCUUGGGCGUGUAUAGCCGCCUGAAGGCUUACGAAAAGGUCGAUGGCAGCAACAUCCCACAGCUUGUCCGGAAGGCCAUCAAGGAUCAUACCAUCAGUCAUUCGGGUGUACUCUACUGGCACGAUCUCCCGUCAGCCGCCCACGUUCCCUAG